GUGAGAGGAGCCUCUCGAUCGGAAUCUUAGGGUUCGGGGAGGAGCCUGUGGAUUGGGAGUUGGGAGAGGAGGUAAUUGUUUGCCUUUUCUGUUCUUGACGACCGGGGAGAUUCGUGGGGAUUAGGGCAUGAAGGGAUGGGCCUUGGGGGAGCAGCGAAGGACACCAAGGAGCGCGAGGAGGUCGUGCACAUCGCCUGCUCGAUCUGCCUUGAGGCGGUGAAGAGCGGCGGGGAUCGGUCUACCGCCAGGCUGCAAUGUGGGCACGAGUUCCAUCUCGAUUGCAUUGGUUCAGCAUUUAAUGCUAAAGGUGUGAUGCAAUGCCCUAAUUGUCGAAAAGUUGAGGAAGGCAACUGGCUAUAUGCAAAUGGUUCUCAUCCAACACCAGAGCUCAAUAUGGAUGACUAUAUCCAUGAUGAAGACCUCUACAGUCUUGGUUAUAUGGAAAAUCCAUUUGGAGGUCACUGGUGUCCAUUUCGUGGCUUGGCAAGGAUUCCAUCAUUGUUUGAGGAAGGCGAAUCUUCUCCACCUGUUGCUUUUCGGGAUCCUUUGGGAUAUCAUGCUAUUGUAAUGGAGAAUCAGGCUACCCUGUCAGCUGCUCAUCCAUGCCCUUUUAUUGGUGCACGAUUGCCCCAAACUUCUUCUUCCUCAAGUAACCAUCCUUUUGAUGUCCAUACUGAUGGUCCUGGAUAUCACUACCGGUGGAGUCACUUCCCAAGUGCAAGAGAUGUUCAAAAUCCUCUUAUGAUGGCUCCAAGUAAUCUUCAUUAUCGUGGUUGGCAACACCAUCAUCCAUCAUAUUCUCCCAAUGCCCAUGUCGGUGGUGCUGACGCAGCAUCAGGCUUUCCAAGGCUUAGAACUGAUGGUUUACCUACCGCUGAUUCUGUUUUCCAUCCCUUUGUUCUCAGCCAUGGAAGUGGUUCCAGGGCUGGGGCUACCAGCUCUUCUGUUCCCUCAUUGGUUCCACCUUAUCUUAGAAACCAUGGAAACAUCCAUGAACGCUAUCGACUGCAAACUUCUCAAAGUCUGGAGGGAACAGCAAUGCUGCAGCCUGGAAGUUCGAGGGGCUUCAAUCCACUGGACCAGUGUGGUCCUUUUCUUGUUUCUCCAGCAAUUCCAUUGGGUCAAACUGCUGUGGAUGCCGAGAACAUGGGAAGCAACCGCCUCUGUGCAUGGGAACGCGAGUGCUUUGCAUCCCACCAUCCAUAUUCUCGUGUUGACAGAGAAUGCAGUUGUUGGGGCCCUUUCCCACCAGCUAUUGGUGUAUCAGACUCCAACCCGAGGAUGACCUUCUUCCCACCCAAUGUUCCUGAGAUUUCAUCGUCACAAGCGGGGUACAAUCGAUCCAUACCCCCAGCACACAUGCUGUCUUUGAUGUGAUGCAGCCUGGUGAGAUCUUGAGAUACACGACUCCCCGAUGACAAGAAACGCAGUAAUGUCAUUCAAACUGUUCCGAUGACACUUUUUAGAUCUUCGCUACCCGUAACAGCAUGUCUAUUGUUGAUGUCUGGAGAAAGGCAUGAACCGAAUAAUCUGUUUGAACCUGUUCCAGAUAAAGUGCGCAUGAAAUCUCUCUAUAAGCCUGAAACUGUUCAUUGUCAGUAAAUGGAAGAAUGCUUCUCCACGAAAUUUUCGAGGGCAGGUAGCAUACCGAUAAAUUUAUGUAGUUGAUACUGAAGUUGCGGGUUUAAAUUUGCUAUCAAGAAUACAGUACAAAUCUUUGAAACUUGAAAGAGAACUUGUUUAUGUUAGAACUCAUUGAUAUCGGUUCUUGAUUGAUUGAA